GGGAAGUUCCGACUUUGCUCAGUUUAUUGUCUCCUUCCUUCAACUAUAUCAACUACACUCCCCCCAACGUACACAACAACACCACAGCCCUACCAGAUACAACUCAAUCAAGCAGCAAGCAAACAGAACCUCGCCCCAAGAUGUCCGAACUCCAAUUCUGCAAACAAUACCUCAGUGCCCUGGACUCGCGACCCAUAAAGCUGUCCUCAGACCACAUCGCCGACCCACGCAGCUAUCCCGCCCAGCCUGCCUUCGUCCUGCCCCGCCUCCCGCACCCUCCCCACCCCCAGCGCCCAAAACCCAACCCCACUACCGCCACUGCUAGCAACGCCUCAGCCUCAACCUCCACCUCUCAACUCACAAUUUCCAUAACCUUAAAACCACUGAAACUAACCUCUCCAACCGUCCCCUUAUCCAGCAUCUCACCUACCACGACUAGCAUCUACGACCUCAAGCAAGCCUAUAGCACCUCCACCUCCUUGCCCCUCUCAAAGAUCAAACUGCUCUAUAAAAAGAAACCUGUGCCGGAUUCCAAGACUGUGGCUGAGGUCAUCGGCCCGGACGCAGGGGAUGUAGGUGUCGUGGAAUUCGGGGUCAUGGUGAUGGGUGGCGCAACGCCGGUUGCGAGUCCGCCGGCUGUGGCGCCGCCAACGGAGGAGGAGAAGGGGUUGGGAGUGGGAAGGGGGCUGGCGGCGCAGGAACCCAGUGGGAAGAGCGUCGUCGAGAGUGAGGAGUUUUGGGGGGAUUUGAGGGGCUUUGUUCUGCAGAGGAUACGGGAUGAGAAGGAAGCGGACAGGUUGCUUGGAGUAUUUAGGGGUGCGUGGGAGAAGGAUCGGCAGUUGGUGUAGCCUACGUUCGUAAGUGUAAAGAUAUGGUUUGACCAACGAGGCUGCUCGAUUUCUUUGCGAAGCCUGGUGGUGGGAAAGGCACAAGUAGAGGCUGGAAUGCUGCAGUGCACAUAGCAAACGAAGAUACUAAACGCAUACCAGAAAAA